UUAAUACGAUUGCUUCACGAUUGUAUGGAUUUAUUGGAAGAAUUUACCCAAGUAGACUUGGCAGACGAAGUACCAACGAGUACUAGUAUUCUUUCAUCUAAAUACACAGAGGACAAUCUAGUUGAUAGUUUGCUUGACAAGAAUCAUAAUGGGAGAAAAUCCCCACAUUCUCUCCCUGACAGUUGUAAAUUACUUUCAAAUUCUAAACAGAUCGUUGACCGAAAGUCGUUUGAAUCCAUUGUUUCUACAAUUGACCCAAUGUUGAAUCAUAUUGUAUACAAUACACACUUUUUAGUGAUUUUUUCUGCUAAUGGGAAAGAUGGGCAAUUUGGAAAGAGAGGCCGAUUUGGAAUGGGCCCGCGCAAUUUUGAUUUGAAAAUUGCCAUUAUGGGUGUGGGGUGGGAAAGAAUGGGUAAAUUGGAAAUGGGAGAGAGUGGGGAAUUGCGAUGGGUGGAAAAUGGGUGGGGAAAGGGUGUGAGGAAAUUGAAGAGGGGCCAACCCAAAGGCGACCGUGUUGAUUUGGAAAUUGCCAUUAUGGAUGCGGGGAAGAAUGGGACUGAGUGUAAAUUGAAAAUCUUGGGAGAGUCCGUACAGGAAGGGUGUUUGAAAAAUUCCAAUUCGAAAAGCAAAAGAUUGAAAUUUGAACUUCAGUUACAUUUUAUGAGAUAGAAGUAGUAGAAAGUUCAGUUACAUACUGUUUACAUAAUGUUGCCAUGCAUUCAUAAUACAUUUUUACUCUAAAAUAAUCUUCUUACUAAAUUUCUAAAGAAAAUAUAAUAACAAUUUAAUAUAGUUAGUUGAAACAUU